CCCACUUCUCCCAGUCCGGAUAAGUAAGUACUUGCGAGGGCGAUGUCUGCACGGUCAGGCAGAUUCCAUGAUGCGCGUCAAUCUUACGACACCGCAAGGGGCAUUCAUCUUCAGAAUGUUUCGUGAUGCUUACUGGACCGGCUCUGCGUUCCCCCGAGUCCACGCGCAGUUCGCGGAAUGCUAGCAAUGAAUUGGAUUUCUGAAACUGGAUCCGGACCCGCCGACCAACCGACGUCGCGGCAGACCUUUACCACGAGGGUUGAUGCAUAUGUCGGGCAGCUUUGACCGCACUUCGAUUCACUGCUGCUUCAUGCUGAUAGACUGGUCGUGGACCGUGGUUGAAACAUGCAGAGCGAGCAUUUCAUCCCACGGCGUCGGCACGUUCGCCCCAGAUCAUUGUCGAUGUAGCAAUAGCACGACUCCACACUACACUGCAUUACGGCUCCAGACCCCCGAUCUCACGUACAAAAUCGUGCCGGGCUGAGUACCGCUUUAUAAACGGCGCGCAGGCUGGAACGCAGAGCCGUGACUCAGCCAACCUCCACCACCAUGCUUAUCUCCCUCCUCGCAUUCGCGGCCCUCGCUGCCGCACAGAGUGUCACGAUCCUGCAGCAGGCAUUGUCUGCGUCAGGUGUCGCUGCCUCGUACCCAUCAAGCGGCAACUAUUCAGCUGAGAGUCAAGCUUUCAAUCAGCGGUUUACUGUGAUGCCGAUCGCCAUCGCAUUUCCGACUUCUGUGCAACAAGUGUCCGCCGCAGUCAAAGCCGGCGCUGCUCAAAGUCUCGAAAUCGUUGCCCGAAGUGGAGGACAUUCCUAUAUUGCGAACGGAUUAGGCGGAAACAAUGGGGCCCUUGUCAUUGAUUUGAGCAAAAUGAAAACAAUCUCCGUUCGAGCCUCCAACGGCACGGCGUUAAUUCAGACGGGCAAUCGUCUGGGCGACAUUGCACUUGCACUCAAUGCGGCAGGUCGAGCUCUCCCGCACGGAACAUGCAGUUUCGUCGGCAUUGGCGGACACAGUGGUUACGGCGGAUUCGGAUUUACCAGUCGCGCUUGGGGUCUGACGUUGGACACGAUCAAAUCUGCUACGGUUGUCCUCGCUAAUGGGACGAUCGCAACUGCGUCUCCAAGCAGCAACUCGGACCUGUACUGGGCGAUUCGGGGAGCCUCUCCUUCCUUCGGGAUUGUCACCUCAGUAGAAGUGCAGACAUUCGCAGCACCCCCGGCUGUCACGGUCUUCGCGUACAAUUGGGAUAGCCUGAACAUCAGUUCAGCGUCUGCUGCAAUUUCUGCAUUCCAGACUCUGUCCAAAGCCAACAUUUCGGCUGCCUUUGGAGGAGAACUCAACUUUGGGCCAGGGCCGUCGAGCUCGCAUGUUAGCUUGGAGCUCACCGGUGGAUUCUAUGGGCCCACUGCUGAUUUCAACUCCAAUGCCCUGCCCAUCAUCAACACAUUCCUCAAAGCGCUGCCGAAAGUGUCCUCAUCCACGGUCACUCGUGACAUGACAUACAUCAACUCUGUCGCGCAUUUCGCGGGCUCUGAUCCAUUGAAUACCACCACCGCAACCGAGACCCGGGACACGUUCUACACAAAGUCUCUCAUGACCCCUCAGGGCUCACCAAUGUCCCCAGCGGCGAUAAAAGCCUUUGUGUCCUACAUGGCCAACCAGGGCUUUUCCUCUGACACCGCUUGGUUUGUGCAACUCGAGCUUUACGGCGGAACUAACUCGGCCAUCAAUGCGGUCCCUCUUGAUUCGACCGCAUUUUCCAAGCGAGACACUCUUUUCACGAUCCAGCUGUAUGCCUCGUCGUCAAACGGGUCUCCUCCGUAUCCGUCGGACGGGUUUUCCUUCUUGGACGGGAUGGUCGCAACGAUCAUCUCCAACAGCCCUGCCAACUGGAGCUACGGGGCGUAUCUCAACUACGCUGACGAUCGCCUCGUGAAUGCGUCGACGCUCUACUACGGGUCUCACUAUCCCCGACUGAAAGCCCUCAAAGCUGCCCUCGACCCGAAUGACCUCUUCCGCUUCCCGAUCGGCGUCUGAUAUCGGGUUAUGACCGAAUACACAUAAUUGCCUGUACUUUGUGAUUACUUACGACGAACAAAUAACACACGAAAAAUACUUUGACACUUA